CAAUCGAGGGGGGUGACGUGGUGGGCGGACUGAUCUCGGCGUGGAAAGGUCCUGACUGAGGAAUGGUGAUCGAUAAACAAAUCUCUGAUGCUAAUUCACGACACAUAGCUGCUCGUUGACAUUUGCUACUUUCCAAUAGCCGACUUCGACUCCACACGGAACGAGGACGCUUGAAAGUAUGGAACGUAAAAGUGUACCCGUCAGGCGUGUUCUCGGUAAGCCGCAGACAACACGAGGUCCGGCCAACAACUUUCACAUGGACGAGGCCAGCCAGUCUCGUGCUGCACAUUUAGUUCUUACGAAAGUCCAGCGAAGUGGGUACAAGCAUCAUGAUGGCAACCAUCAAAUCAGGGCCAAGCCAGACUUGAACACAACGCUGCCCGUUCGACAGACAGCCUCCAUCUUCAAGCAGCCAGUGACCAAAGUAACAAAUCACCCUAGUAACAAGGUGAAAACAGACCCACAGAGGGCUGUGGACCAACCAAAGCAGUUAUUCUGGGAGAGGAAGCUGAGUGGGUUAAGUGCCUUUGACAUAGCAGACGAGCUAGUGAAAACUAUGGAUCUUCCCAAAGGCCUACAAGGUGUCGGCCCUGCGAGUUCUGAUAAAACGCUUCUGUCCGCCAUCGCGAGCGCCCUCCACACAAGCCCCGCACCCGUCACUGGCCAGCUCACGGCGGCCGUCGAGAAAAACCCAGGAGUGUGGCUCAACACGACACAGCCUCUCUGCAAGGCAUUUGUGGUGACCGAUGAAGAUAUCAGAAAGCAAGAGGACCUUGUGCAAAAUGUGCGAAGGAGGCUCGAGGAAGCCCUCAUGGCGGAUAUGUUGGCUCAUGUUGAGGACGCCGCUGUGGUUGAGGCACCCAGCACAGAAGAAGAAGAAGAAGAAGAAGAAAAGGAGAAGGAGGCCGAGCGAGUGGAAAAGGAGCAGUUAUAGCCAAGGUACAUAAAAUGGCUGUUUUAAUUCCAGCAGUGCUGACUGAUUUUUCACUUACAUCGUUUACCACAACUUCAACUGAAGUCAUUAUGUGGGGGAGUUUUUUUUUCACUACUUCAACUAAACUAAAACGGUUGUGUUGUAUUUUUAUUGUCAUCAAUUGAAAAGGUGCUCCAACUUUCAGCUGUUACCUCCAUCAAUUUUCAGGAGAUAUGUUUGGUGCCGCACACUAUUCUUUAUGUGUCGUUUUUAUAACGGCUGCUAAAUGAGCUCAAACAAACUUUGUUUACGUGAACUGUAAAUUAUCUCUGAAUGUGCCUCCACCUGUGAAGAACACUGCUUUCUUUGAGAUCCCCGCCGUCACUGUUAAGUAAUGUUUAUGCGAAGAAGCAUCGCAAAGAUUGGAGAAUGUUGACUUGCAUGCUGUACUCUCUCACACACCCACAUAAAGCUUGGAGAGAUGACAUAGUUUGAUGGUUUUCAAAUAUUCUUGCUGGUUUACAAAUACUUUAGGUCAAGUUAUCUAAUGGCGAGCCACAUUGUAAGAAACACUGUUACUUUACUACUGUACAUGAAUCAAUAUUGUUAAAUAAAUGCAUCUUUUGGA